UGUUUACAUUCUGUACGACAAGCUCAGAGCACAGACGAAGUUCUGCUAAGUUUUAACCCAAAGAAACGUCGAAGAAGUCAGCUGACGGUUGUUCUGAAGGUUCUACCAGGGAUGAGCACAGAAAGUGGUCCUCGCAUUGUGAAGCUAUGUGCUGCAACAAACAAUAGCAGCACUGAUGAUAUGGCAUCUACAACAUCCACUACGACUGACGGUGACAAUGACCCUCCGACCUUUGACCGUUGGUGCCGCACCGGGACCUCCUCCCCUCGAGAUGACACAGACCACACCUCCCUGGUGGUGGAAGCCUCCAGUUCCUCUCGUUCUUUGGGUGACCUGCCUCGCGGGUGCGCCCUGACGAUGGACCUACCCAAUAUCCUGGGUCCCUUGUCCCCACCCAGUGGCUCCGCGGUUCCCCUCCUGAACUUCAUGGAAGAGUCUGCCACUGAAUUGAGCCAAAUGCAAGGAAAGAUUGUUCAGGAUGAUUCCAGGGUGCAUGGCAAGGGAAAAACCACAGACAAGAAAAGUGAUGGCUCAUCUAGUAUGGAGCUCAGUGCAUCCUCUUCAAACCAAAUGGAGAUUCUGAACAGUCUGCAGGCUGAGCUGGAGGAAACCAGGGCAGCCCUAGAACUGACCGAGAAGCAGCUGACGGAGAAGAUGGAGCAGAACGACGAGGCAGCAGAGGAGAUUGACAAAGCCUGGAGGAUGGUCCGAGAGCUACAGACAGGCGGGAUUGACCCGACCCAGCCAGGUCAAAAGCACUCCGGGUUAUUGCUGCACAUCCUCCACAAGGUGGGAUUGGAGGGCGGGCCCGAGAGUGCCUGGCUGAGCCAAGAGGGCCUCCAGAGGGCGCUCAUCCAUCUGUACAUGACCAGGGAAGAUGCGAUCACGGAGAAGAAGCUUGCCCAGGACCAGCAUAAGGAAACAUCCAAACGAUACCAGUCCCUGCAAGGUAAAAUCCAGUGUGUCACCAACAGCUUGCAAGCUUUGCUAGGCAAGCCACAAGAGAACGGGGCCUUGACCUUUGACCUGGAGGUCGACCAUGAGGAUGAAGCAACAGACAGGGAAGAGCUGUGCUUCGCUUUGCUUGAGAGGCUGAAGGCCAAGCUGCACUCCCAGGACUUACAGGAAACCCGCUGGCGGAUGGUGACGGCCCAGCUACGCCGAGAGCUAGAGCAAUCCAGGCAGCGCUGCGAGGCCAAGAUGGACACCCUCCAGCAGGUGCAGGAAGAGUGCCGGGGAUGGAAGGAGGAGGCAGAGUCAGAGAAAGCCAAAGGGCGGAAACAAGAUCAGCUAAUCAAGGCACUGACAGUCAAGAUGUCCGAAUGCAACAAAGAGACGGAAAGAUCUCAGCAAGUCCACACUGAGCUGGAGGGUCGCAUCUCCAAACUGUCAGAGCAGCUCCACAAAACCAUCAAGGAGCAUGAACAAAACGUCAGAUGCCAGCAGAAGGCGAAUUCACUGGAGGAACAACUGAAAAUUGCCAAAACCACCUGCAAUGAAUUGUGGGAACAACAGCAAAAGAUUGCCUGCCAGCUAUCCGCCAAGACAGUAGAGCUGGAGCAGCUUCGAUCCAACGGGUCAAAUGGCACAGACAGGGUCCAAGCCAACUGUCCGAUGAGCAAACCAUCCACAAUCCACGAUCCACUGAUCAGCAGCAACGCAAUGGAGGACAUCCACCAGCAGUUUGACAGGCACACGGCCUUAGCAGAAGAACUGGAAGCGGAACUGCAGAAAUCCUAUCAAUUAAGGAACACCAGACUAGCUAGUAUAGAGGCAACAUGUCUGAAAGAAAGGGUAGAAUUGUCCAAGGAACGUGAGGCUUUCAGGGAAGGACAAAAGCAGCAGGAGAUGACUCGGCAAAAGUUGGAUGAGGAAAGACGAUUGCAGGACGAACGUGUUCAGAAAAUGACCCAAUCUUUAUUGGAAGUUACACAGGACCGUGGUCAUUUGACAUCUGACCUGACCCAGUCCCAGAAAGAAGCCGAAGGGUUCAGAAGACAGUUAGUGGGUGCAGCCACUGCCUUGGAGUACGAGAAACAAGUCAAGGAGGCAGUACAGGAAAAAUUUGACAAGUCUGAGGAGCAGCUGGCCCAUUUACAACACCAGCUGGCAGAACUCCAACAGGACCACCAGCUAACCAAUCAGAGAUUGGCUGAGGCUCAAAGACAGACAGUUUUCCUCCAAUCAGAGCGGGAGAAAUAUAAAGAGGACUGUGUAACGGUUUCGGCAGAAUUGAAAAAGACAACUGAUGCACUGCAGGCCCUGGAACAGCAUACCUCGGUUACCAUGGCAACCCGCGAGCUGGAAGCCAAUGCAAAGUUGACAGAGAAGGCCAUUUGGAAUUCCGACCUGGCCAGGAGACUAGAGGCAGUGACUGAGGAGUGCAGUAAAGCCAGUGAGAGAGUCAAGUGCUUGGAGGGAGAGUUGGGAGAUUACAGCCAGACCAAGGCUAACCUGGAGACGGCAAAGAGCUGCUGUAAACAGUUACAAUCUCAAGAGGCUGAGCUGCAAGACAACUUGUCAGCCUGCCAGUCAUCCUUGCAAGAAUUAAGGGCACAGAAAGAGCAGCAAGAGGCAGACCUGGAAACCACACAGGAGGAGCUCAACAGCGCCCUCGCAGGGCAGAAUGCCCUCAGGAAGAAGUUGAGGAAGCAGAAGGCGGGCUCAGAGAGUGCCCUCAAGAGCCUGGAGGAGGAGAAGGAUGUCCUGACCAAUAAGCUCACAGAGGCCAGCAAGAAUCUGACCAACAUUCAGCAGCAGCUAAAGUCGGCCCAGGAUGCCAGACUGCAUCUCCUACAGGAGAAGCACACGCUGAGUGAAGCCUGCAGCGUAUUGGAGGAACAGAGCAAGCUGGGCCAAGAGGAGCUACAGAGGGCGCUCUGCAAGGCCGACAACCUUGCUCAGCAGUUGGACGAAGAGAAAGAGACCAAGAAAGAGUUGCGAGAUCAGUUAAAUGAAUCUACAGCACGCUUGACAUCAAUGGAGACUGCUCUCAAGGAGGAAAGGUCAAAGGUUGCCACCCUCUUAACGGAAAUAUUUGCACUGAGGGACACCUCGCGUGCUCACAAGACUCAAAUUGUGGAGCUGACUGGCCAGGUACAAGACCUGCAGAUGGAGCUUCAAUCAACAAAGCACACACGUGAGCUUCAGUACAGCAAGCUGAUGUCAUCUACAGAGACAACGAUAUCACAACUGGAGAAGACAUGUGAUAGCCAAGAAGAGCAACUGAAAGAAUUUAGCAACGAGAAGUGGAAACUGCAGGCUGAAUGCAAUCUCCUCAACAAUGCUUUCUCCAAGAGCAAGGCCGACUACAACCGUGCUCUGCUAGCUCUCCACAAGGCCGAGAUGAAAGAGAAGGAAAUGCUAGGGGUCAUCCACCAGCUUGAAGGACAGCUGGAUGUGGAGAAAAAUGUUCAAGAUCAACUCAGCAAAAGCUGUGAGAGCCAGGAAGCUGAGCUGCAGAAACUGAGAAAACUGACGAAGGAUAAAGAACAAGAUAUGGAACAGCUGAAACACACCGUGGAAUGUAAUACAAAAAUUGAGCUUCAGCACAUCAAGGCAGAACUCACCCGGGAAAUUAUUAACAAAAUUGAAACCUCUCCACAGAAAGAACACCAGAACUACACAGACCAAUCAAAGGAUCAGGUCUUAGAACUGCAAGCUCAGUUGUCCAAGAUGGAAGGGCUCCGAUCUGUGGACAAGCUAACAAUAACAUCGCUGACAGAAGAUCUUAACAAACUGCAGCAGCUUCUGGCUAAGCAAAAGGGAACCUUAAUUAAACGCAAAUCUCACACUAAACCACGCAGAGACGACAUCAAAGCAGCUCUUGCAAAAGCCCAUGUGAGAGCGCUCUCCAUGAGCAUGGCCGACAACUACCCCACCGCACAAGUAGAGUCGCCGCUCUUCGGCAGCACGGAUUGGUUUGAACUCGGCAAGUCAUCGACUGUCAAGAAAAAGCCCAGUUACGGCUGUUGGGAGACUAAAUCCUCGGACUCCAUAGCAACGAGUAGUGACGAAUAUUCAUCUUGAAGAAUUGAUAUGUAUAGAAAGCGUGGAUGACAAGUUCUCAUGGCUAAGAAAGCCUUCUGACGUAACUUACAGUAGGCAAUCACGAAUUCUGCAAACACAUGUCCCGACAUGGAAAAUGGUAGAAAAAGGAUCCUCCACUGCAGCAUAUGGAGGUGUUUUUCCUGGUUCACGUAGUAUUGGCAAGAACAGUAGGUCCAGCAUUCACGUGAUUUCGUGGUCACAUAGUUUACCCGUAAAGUAACAGUGGUUGCUAUCACAAAAUGUUCUUUCUUUUCAUUGUUUUGCGAAAUAAAAGGAUAAAAUGAAUUUUAUAUGCUCGGUAUGUUUUAAUGCUGAAUGAAAAAGACUUUCAACUAUUUCGCCAAAUUUGGGUACAAUAAUUUGAAAGGCAAGUUAAACUUUCAGGUGUAAGCAAACUCAACCUCGUGUUAUGUGUCACAACCAGCAAUUUGACGGUACUAUUGUACAGCUCUUGUGAUUGUUGAAAAUAUUUACCUCAAUAAAACAUUCAGAUUUACUCAAGAAGGUCAAAUAGCGGCAAAAUACUCAUUCGAGUUGAAGAAUUGGCAAUUAUAUGGUAUAAAACCUAUUAAUGCAUUUAUUACAUUUGUUUUGAGUUCGGCUGAACACACACACGUUAUAAGAGAAUUUAAACGACAUUAUUCCUCGUAUUAAUUUGACCUCACUGUAAAUAUUUUUGAAUGACCUAAAUUCAUCGGGCACUUCAAUUUCUGCAGGCAUUGAAGAAGGCUUUGAUUUUCCGUUUUUAAUUGAGGACUGAGUGUUGACAUAAUGAAACUGAGUUGGAGGGUUUUGUGAACGUCAUCAGGGAUAAUCGAAACAUGUUCCCAGAGCUAUGGCUGCCUUUGUUUUCAGCACGAUCCGCAUAGAGGCCUAUAUCCCACGGGGAAGACAGAAAACGAGCUCGAGAGAACAGAUUUGAAUGCAGUCUCAGUGUGUACGAACAAACCCCCGUGCACGUGUGCGCACCCGGAACCGUGUAUGAAAUCUUACUGUGUCCAUGGUUCAACUGUUGGCGCUCCAUGGACCUUUUUUUCACCCACGUGACUGGAUUGCGCUAAAUGUAAACAAUACCACCACGUGUGGACCGCCUUGGCCACGGUGAUCGCAUAUAUUCCUACGGGCAGCUUCAACCACGUGCAGGCGCACGUGCCAACGCUGCAGCUUGACUAUAUAGUUCAUCUUGAAACAUCAAGCUGGUUCAGUGCCGUAUCAGUGUUAUCGAAGGCAGGUAGCCACCGUCCAGUAAAAUCGAGUAUGACAUCAUGGUCAUUUUGUUUUAAAUGCAGCGCACAGGUUAGCUUUUAAAUUGUCAACAUGAUCCAAGGCAUGCAUAACCUCUCUCAACUUUUUUUUUAAUUGCUAUCAGUUUUUUGUUGACACCCCAGUUUGCCAGAGGGAAACACUAUUAAAGGGAGAACAGUGGAUGUUAAUUUAUCACCCUGGGUGUUAAACUGUGUGUAGUCCCAAUAACACUCAGGGUAUUCGUUACACAUUUUUUUUUAAAGAUUAUACAUUUCGGUUAAACGACCAUUGAUGGAAGAAUUGAUGGAAAGGAUGUUCAGUGCGGCAGGUAGCUGCCAACAGUGAAAUUAAAGCAUAACGCAAUGGCCGUUUUUUA